CGUGUCGGCGAUGCACUUGGCGAACUGCAGUUUGUUCCGCAGCAUCGUUCCCAUCGCAUCGCAUCGCCAGUGAGAGAGCCUGGCGCAUUUGGAACGCAACACUUUACCGUAUUUCGCCGUUGCCGUUCGAAAAAGGCGCAACCUUUUGUGUGUGCAGAAAGUGUCGAAGUCAAAGUCGAAAUAAAAAAAUAAAACCACAUCCUCAAAACAUUUGUGCUGUACUGUCCGUGAAGUUACUUGCUUGUGGUAGCGAGUUGUGCAAGCCGCCGGUAAAAAUGUGCUUUUGCUAAGUAGUACGCUUGAUGCGAGGAUCACUGAUCGUGAAACGUGGUGCAUCUGCGUUGCCGUUCGUAAAGUUAGUGUCGGCUGUCGGAGUGAGUUCUAAAGGCCGGGUUAACGCACGUGUUAGAAAAUAGUUCACAAAAAAAAAGAAAAUCACAAACAACGAACCCUACCAGACACACUAGAAAGGGGUUCGUGUUGUGCGUAAACGGAUCUGCGCUCGAAGACGCUCCUAAAACCAAAGUAAGCUUAGCGACGAUAGGAGCGAGGACGGACAUUUUUCACACAGUUGAAUUGCACAGUGAAGGUCGUCUGCUCCGUCUGCCGAAUAAAUCCUGAGCGGUGUGUAAAUACAGAUAGCAUCGAUAGUCCCGUAUCCGAGGUACCACCGGUCAUAGUGGGGACAGUUUUUUUUUAAACCAAUAAAAUUCACAUUGACGGGCUGACAAAAUAGUCGAACAUUCGCCGGAAUAUCUGACGGUCAGACACACGCAGGCCGCUAAAUCAAAGCGACGAUAGAAAGGGAGGCGCCCGAGUUUUGAUAACGGACGUGCGCGGUAAAAUGCACACGUGUACUCUGGUUCGGUUUAUUUAUUAUUUUUUUCCGUUUUAACUCUUCGCGUUAAAGUGCGCUGAUAACGCGCGUGGUGAAAACUUCCCGUGAACAGUGUUAUCCCAAAUUCCAAUGCGACAGUGACCGGGGGGGGAAAAAAACGUGAAUGCACGGCCUAGAAAAGUAAAUAUUCACACUGCAUGUACGAUAAGCGCAAAUCGGUCUAGUGGGUUAUUAUUAUUAUUUUUCAUCGGUUGCUCGAAAAGUGAAGAAAAAGAUAAUAAAACCAGCAGCCCUUUCGAUCAAUUUACGAAUCCAAAUUUUUGUGCGUGUGUGUUUGCGCGUCUGUGUGUAGGUGUGUGAGUGUUUGUGAAGGAAUCACUGUAUUUGGCACUAUUUGGCGCUUGAAGUGCAAACAGCGCAGAAAAAAAAGAAGAAAAAACACCCGUCGAGUGCAAUUGAGGGGGGCUUUUGGGGGUAUUGUUGCUGUCCAGCAACGGCCACGUGUGUUGUGUGAUGUGUUAAAACUGCAAGAAAAAAUAAUAGUGAAAUCAUCGUGUGUGUGUAUAUCAUUCUUUUUCCAACAGAGUGCCGCUGGUGCGAUCGAGUGGUUUGUUUGAAAGAUAGUACUUGGGUUUAGUGGUGAAAAAUUGAAAAAAAAAAACGAAACACGACCCAGCCUUUAAUGGCUUGAAAUUGACGCGUGUGUUGUAAAGUUUCUGAGAGAUCAGGAAAUUUUUGAAGAAGAUAAUAAAUCAAGUGUUUUUUUAUCACCAGUCAAUGGUCCACCUGUAACUUCGCAUCCACGAUACAACAACCAACCUUCCCGGUAAUCCGAGAACGAUCGUACCCGAGUGGAAAAAAACAUUGUAUUCUGUUGUAGAAAAAACAACUUCUUCUUUAAAUAAGCUAACGAAACUCUUCACCUUGCUGCUUUUAAAAGAUUGGAAAGGAAAAUUGGUGGGAUACAGCUCGGCUUUCCUCGUUCCUCGCAUUACCUUUACUAGAAAGGGACAAUGCCACACACCAUAGCGAACGAUUCGCGUGAGCUCGAACUAGCUUCGGCAGGAUUGUACAUUGAGCAAGCUUCCAAAUGUUGAAUCGGUGUGCAAAUCCGUCCGUCAUAAGUUAACUGAGCAGCAGCAGCAGCAGCACAGUGUUCGAGAGUGACACAGCAAAGCACGAAGUAAACGGAUCGAACUGGUAGUAGAGGUGCCGUUCGAGAGGGGUAAGAGAAAGUGGUAGCAUAAAGGGACUUAAAGGUUCGUCACAAAAGUCGUCACAUUGUGCGCAAGGGGAGAUGCAGGGGUGAUACAGAUUAGCAGAGCGAGAGCAGUGAAAUACACGGUGAGGAAAGUAAGUAGGUGAAAACAGAGACACUUUUCGAUCGCGUCGUCGAUUGUGAUCGACUGCUAGAGAACGGUGAGAAGCAUCAAUAACCUUUCCAUCUAUCGUGCCCAAGCUUCGUGUCGAGUCCGGUGUGGUCUAGUGGAGGGCCGCUUUCUUACCAUAGGGCUACAGAUGCAUGUGCAAGUGCAUCGGUAAGGAUCGUGACACAAUAGAAAUCGAACAAGGGUGCGCUUUGUGCAGUUACUAGUCAGGAGUUUCACAAAAAACAGGAGUAGAAAGCACAAGAAAGUAAAGAAUUUAAGUUUAGGAGAAAAGAGAGAAAGAAGAGAGAAAGAAAGAGAUAUAGUCAGCAGGAGUGAAGGGAGCUGUUGUAAGGGGAAAAGGCAAGCAUUUUCGGCAUACCCUCACGAAGUAGCGCGACAACCACACGUGUGUGCGUGUGGUACAGUUUUCAAUGGUGUCACAGGACCGUUGGGCGGAAGCAAUGUCCGACUCCGGGUACGAUUCGCGCACGGACGGCAACGGUGCGUCCAGCUCGUGCAACAACUCGCUCAACCCGCGGACACCGCCGAACUGCGCCCGUUGCCGCAACCACGGUCUGAAGAUUGGGCUGAAGGGUCACAAGCGCUACUGCAAGUAUCGCACCUGCCACUGCGAGAAGUGUUGCCUGACCGCCGAACGACAGCGUGUGAUGGCGCUGCAGACUGCACUGAGACGUGCCCAGACCCAGGACGAGCAGCGGGCGUUGAACGAGGGCGAGGUACCACCCGAGCCGGUAGCUAACAUUCACAUACCAAAGCUAUCAGAGCUGAAAGACCUGAAGCAUAAUAUGAUUCAUAAUUCUCAGACGAGAUCGUUUGAUUGCGACUCCUCCACCGGAUCGAUGGCGUCCGCACCGGGGAACUCCAGCGUGCCCCUGACGAUACACCGACGGUCGCCGGGAGUGCCGCACCAUGUCGCCGAACCGCAGCAUCUCGGAGCUACUCAUUCGUGUGUCUCACCAGAACCUAUAAACCUACCUGACGAUGAGCUGGUGAAACGGGCCCAAUGGCUGCUGGAGAAGCUCGGUUACCCAUGGGAGAUGAUGCCCCUGAUGUACGUCAUACUGAAGAGCGCCGAUGGCGAUGUACAAACAGCACACCAACGGAUCGACGAAGGUAAACGAACUAUAAAGACGUACGAGGCGCUGGUGAAGUCUUCGCUCGAUCCCAACAGCGAUCGGCUGACGGAGGACGACGAGGACGAAAACAUAUCGGUGACCCGCACCAACUCCACCAUCCGCUCACGGUCCAGCUCACUGUCGCGGUCGCGUUCGUGUUCGCGCCAGGCCGAAACGCCGCGUGCCGACGAUCGGGCCCUGAACCUUGACACCAAAUUCAAACCAUCCACCAGCAGUAGCAGUACCGGCUGUGAUCGUGAGGACGGUGACUGUAUCGCGUUCGAUGACAGUGCAUCGGUGGGAAGGGUUCACGGACCACGGCCACCAACGGGCAGCAGCAGUGGUCGGUCCCGGACACAUCCCAAACGGUACACGCACACGGUGGAAGGUGGCAGCGUCCCGAACCGAUCGCCCGUACCCGAGGAAGAGCCCACCGUUUACGAUAGUCUCGUGGAGGCGGCAAGUAAAAAGGCACGAUCGUUCAGCCCUGCCCGGGAGCCGGAAGAUCUGCACACCGCGCACAAAUCGCCGGAGCGGGAAGAGCACCAGACCCAACCGUACGAAGCCUACCUGGAGUCGGUGCGGCGGAGUAAAAAGUCCUUCACGCUGAAGGACACCGUACUGGAGCCCGCCGACGAGUCUUACGACAAGGAGAAGGAACAGCGCAUUCCGUACUCGUUGCCGAAGAGCACCUUCGAUCGGCUCGAUCUGCUCAAGAAGCCGAACGGGCUCGGUUUGCCGAUGUACAAGUACAACGGGCUCGAGACGAACAACUUCGCGCUACCGUUGCUGCUGCCCGGGCUAGAGGCGGUCAAUCGGACGCUCUACUCGACGCACUUCCCGGCCCAGCUGCUACCGUCCAGCUUGUAUCCGUCCGUUAGUAGCGAGUCCACGACAGUACCGAUGUUCCAUACCCACUUUCUAGGCUAUCAGCAUCCGUUGCAGCUGCCCCACGUAGAUCACUUCUAUCGGAAGGAGCAACAGCAGCAGCAGCAACAGCAGCAACAGCAAACAUUGGCCGAACCAAAGGAACAGACGACUUCGUCUUCGCCCAGCAACGCCCGCUUAACGCCACCGAAGGGUGCAUUUUUCUACGCGACUGCGGUAGAAAAUUCGCUCUCUGCUCAACAGGCUUCAAUUGCUACGAUUCACUAAAUUUGCAUCGCGUGUCCGGUGCAAGAGUGCUGCAUACCGCUGUUCGAUAAGAUCGAACGUUUUGGAGCCUCACAGCAAAUCAUUCGUAAGCCGAUAGAUGCUACCUAGUCCUGGCUGUUACUGGUACUGUUCGUGAUCCAGUCCCGUUCCUUAGCGUUGCAUGAAAAGAGAAGUCCCUUCCUUGGAAAAAAAACCACACACCAACCGACCCGCUUUUGGGGGCGAGGAAAAACCCGUCAAGAAACACACGAAAGGCCGCCAUCCGUAAGUUGUGUUUUAAAUUUAAAUCUUCACCAUCGUUUUGAGCAAAAACAGAGGGAAGGACGUUUGUGAGGUCGGACACAUCCGACCGUUAGCAGCAAAAAAGCAGAUUAUUGAUAUUUUUCGAUCGUGCAACGAAGGUCUACACUGUGAUACAAAAUGUUGUGUACAGGAUAAAUAAUAGAUUUUUUUGUUUGUUUGAGUAAACAAAAAAAAAGAAAAACACAAAUAACACACAAACAAAAAGAUAAAUGUAGAGAAGAAGAAACAAAAACAAAUGAUUGUGAACGGUUUCGUUGAUGGUGCAUGUACGCAUGUUGCCUCAUGUAAGAGAUGUAGAAUUAUUAACUGUCUAAUAAAAAACAAGGGAUAAAACCGAAAAAAGAAAGAUAGCAAAGCAAAAAAAAAUGAUAAGCUAAAACCAAACCGUUUUCAUAUUAGAUUGCGCCUUGUUGUAUUUUUUUUCUCUCUCACUCUGGCGCCAUUUCCCACCAAAAUUACUAAAAAGAAAAGUUAAACUUUCUAGAAAAAGUGCUAGUGUGUGUGUGUGACAAAGCGACAAACGCCACUAGCCAACAAACAGUAUGUGUAGCGAAGUAUUGUUUUUUUGCGAUAAAAUUGUCCACGGGCACAACAUAAUCGUGUGCGAAAAACAAACAAAAAUCGAAACAAAAUCUCACGAAACGAAACUCAUGAUUGGGAAAACUAAAAAACAACAAACUAUAAUGGGUGAUCUUGAACCAACCCCCAAAAAUAAGGGUUGAAAAAUAAAAUGAUUAGUUACUUGUUACUAUUUUCUUUUCUUUUACUAGCGAAUAAAGGAUAGGAAAAGCAAACCGAUUCAUUCAUCUCCCAUGGAAGAUGAAAAUGGGUUUUUAAGUGCGUGUGAGUGUGUGUGUGUGGUUUUGUGCUUUUGUCAGCCGGAUAAGGGCAUCGAUAGGGUGGAAAACAACAAAAUGGCUAGUAAGAAAAGAAAAUCGAAUUGUGAUACGCGCGUACAGCAGCAUAUUGUUCAUUGUUAGCUCUUUGUAGUUUUGUGGUAAUGUAUCAUGUAUCAGCAGAUAUCGCGCUAGAUAGUGUUUUUCACCAUAUGAUUUUUGAGUUUUCACGCGGGCACAAUGUUUGUUCCCUCAUUUUUUUGUUUUUAAAGCCGAAGUGCUUUAACUGUAUGCUUGUUUCUAAACUUUUUUGUUUGUGUGAACGCAGACACACACGCUCACGCAAAAAACACACACCUGCACACGAUCGUACAACGUUUGAAAGGAGGUUUUAUUGUGCUAAGUUUGAUUGGUUUACUAGAUACUUUUUUUUCUUCUGUUUGUGCUAAGUUUAGUUAUAGGUAUGUGCUUAUGUCGUUAUGUUUCAUCGAGCAAAUGUGUGGGUCGAACAUUUUUUAGUAAGUGCGUGUUACACGAAAGUCAGUUUGAAACAUCGCCAACAAACGGAUGCUACAGUCGAAUUUAAAUAUUAAAAAGAAAGGAAGAAAUGUGUACCCGUAUACACAAACACAUAAUUGCAAGUAAGGAAGCGGCGAUGCACACGAAAUGGAUAUGUAAGUGUACAGUAAAAGUGAACGCGGAAGAUGAAAGGUGUAAUGUUCCAUUUAAACAAAAAAAAAACGCAAGAAAAACAUUAAAGUAAGAUGGAAAGUGUAAAGUGCAGCAAGUGCAAAAUGUAACUAUUUUACGCCAUCAAAUGCGAUGUAAAGGAAGGGUGAAAAGAAGCAUACAAUAUUAGCUUAAACUCUUUCUCCAUUUUAAGAAAAAAAAACAAGAGCAGCAAAAAAAAAGGAAACAGAAAAUCCAUACUUUGAACCCAUUUGAUCGUCAUCGUCACUAAGAAUGCAUCUAUAUAGAAACAAAAAACCCCAAUUAAUGCUGUUGAAACAGAGAUAUACAUGCAACAACAUAAAAAAAAACAUAUGAAAUAGACAGAGAGGCCAAGGGGAGGAUUAGGUCCAACAGUUUUGGAACGUUCACGCUUUGCUAAAAAAACAAAUCUUGUCCUGUAAAUUAAUGCCCCUUAUACACAAUUACACAAUGUGAGCAAGCAAAAUGAUCAAAAUUAAAUGCAAGUUUUAAUAGCACCACCUUUAUAGCCACACCGCUUCACUUAUUUAACUCAACAUACAAAUAAAACAUCCCCCCAUCCCACCCUCCACCCCCUUCAAUGGUUGAUGGGAGUAGAGAGGAGGGGGGAAAAGUCAACAGAAGAGACGAAAAAGAAGAUAAAAGAAAUAAAAUAAACCCGUGAAGAUGUACAUAAACAGCAAAGCAGCAACGUAUACAUAUUGAACCAUGUAUCAAUAUGAAAGCAUAACUCGUCAAAUGAAGCAACACAAAACACGUGUAUUUGCUUGCCUCGGGGCGAUGUAAAAGGAACUGUAUAAUAGGCAAGCAAUGCAGCAACAUUAAAAAAGAAAAAAACACCCUAUCACCCCAAUCCCUUUCCCUUUUUCAUCUCCUCUUCCCUCCACCAACGUCCCGGACCGAUCAAAAGGAAGUUGACAGUUUUACCAGAAGGUGGUAAGAACGUGGUUAGUUCGAUUAAGCAGUCGUCCGCAGACAGUAAACAAAAUGCAAAUCAAGAUAAGUGUAGUAUGGUGGCAAAUGGCGAUACAAAAUACAUACCGCGAAACCGUGUAAUGUAAUCUUUUAAUUUGACCCCAAAAAAAAAACGCCGGCCGAUGUUAAUAUGGCUGUAAGAUUGGCAAAACAUACAAGCAAGUGGAAGAAAUAAACGUGGAACAAAUACACACACAAAAAAAAACAAACCGUAAAUAAAUUAUUAAUAUUAUUACAAAACA